AUGGUUGAAAUAAAUAGCGGAAAGUCAAACGUUGUAAUAGAAACACCAGGCGGAGCACUGGUGCAGGGGAGUGUGCCUAUAGUAUUAUCUACCCCAGUUGACAGUAACUACUGCAGUGCUUAUUCAUAUAGUACUCCAGUUUCAAGUUCAUACACCUCAUCUCACCAUAAUGAAUAUAAAUAUAACUGUACUAAAUAUAUGACGAAACCACAAAAUAAUCAAAACGCUGAAUAUAUAAAAACAUUUGAAAGACCAAAGACAUUAUACUAUGAAACUAUUCCAUUAAAAAGCGUUAGUACAAAUAAUAUUUUCGAAAUAGCUCCAUCACAUGAAGAAUUAAGUAAAAUAACUUACAACCCUAGAAUAGAAAUAUAUUCAACAUCAGAUUUUGUAGUAAUAAUGAUGAACAUACCAGGUGUUUCUAAAGAGAAUUUGCAAGUUGAACUUGAAAAAGGAUUACUACGAAUUUUUGGACAUAAAUAUAAACCUAAAAUUGAAGAAUUAGAAAAUCAAAAUGAAUAUCACACAAAAAUUAUUGAAAGGGUUAGUGAAUACUAUUUCUGCAAAAUUUUCCAAAUGCCCCCAGCUUUUUCAGAAGAACAAAGGAUAUCAUGUAUGCUAAAGGAUGGAGAGCUUAUAAUUAAAAUUUUAGCUAGCCAGUUGAAAACACAGAAAAGAGUUAUCGAAAUACAGUAG